AGAACAGAAAAUAUGAGAAAUCAUGGAUCAGUGAGCCUAACUUUGAUCCUCUGGAAGAUCCUGGAGGAGAAAUGACUACCCCAAACAAGACACCACCUGGUGCUGAUCCAAAGCAGUUAGAGAGGACUGGUACUGUUAGAGAAAUAGGCUCACAAGCAGUUUGGUCACUUUCAUCCUGUAAGCCAGGAUUUGGAGUGGAUCAGUUAAGAGAUGAUAAUCUAGAAACCUAUUGGCAGUCAGAUGGAUCACAGCCUCAUUUGGUGAACAUUCAGUUUAGAAGAAAAACAACAGUGAAAACUUUAUGUAUUUAUGCAGACUACAAAUCUGAUGAAAGUUACACUCCAAGCAAAAUCUCUGUCAGAGUAGGAAAUAAUUUUCAUAAUCUCCAGGAAAUCCGGCAACUUGAGUUAGUGGAACCAAGCGGCUGGAUUCAUGUUCCUUUAACAGAUACGCAUAAGAAGCCUAUUCGCACGUUUAUGAUUCAGAUUGCUGUUCUAGCUAAUCACCAAAAUGGAAGAGACACUCACAUGAGACAAAUCAAAGUGUACACCCCAGUGGAAGAGAGCUCUAUUGGUAAAUUUCCUAGAUGUACAACAAUUGAUUUCAUGAUGUAUCGCUCCAUAAGAUGAACUUUCUUAAUGAGAAACAAUAAAAGGAAUUUUUCUUGAUGACAGUAUCAUUGUUUAAAUGU